CAUGCAUUCACCGAAUUCAAAGGUAAAAUUUCAAGUUCAGGUACAAGUUCAAUACAUCGACAAGAAUACAACAGAAGCUAACUCGAAUACCUGUCUGCUGGAGCAAUUAAACCUUGAGGAGAGUACUGGAAAAUCUGUUGUCAAGAAGGGAAAGAAGAAACACUGCCAACAAGAUAAGAAAGCAUCAACCACCUCUUUACCAACCACAAUGGCUUCCUGCAAACAAUACGUCUUUAAUCAAUUAGUAAUUAACGAUCUCUUAACUUUGAGCGAUGUUAACACUGAUUGCAAAUGCGGUUAUAUACAUAUUCGUCUGAAAUUCGACAAAAGUUGUAUGGAAGCUGGUAACGUAGUCGUUCGUACAAACACUGCUGGAAAUAAAUUAAAGAUAGUAGUGAAUAAUUUUAAGAUUGAUGGAGUAAAUGAUUUCAAGUAUAACAUUGAGAAUACAACUAUCGAUUACAAAAGAGUUAUAGCUAAAUUAACAUCCGAUAAAGUACUUCAAAUUGAUGCCUUGAUGAAAAAUUGUACUGAUGAUAAAUCGGUUUGUUUGCAGGUGAUCUGCAAUAGUUAG